AUGGAUAGGUGUGGCAGGAUUAAAUCAAUUAUAUGCGGUGUAUGCCCGUACAAAAACGUGUGUUGUGCUGAAGACUGUGACUUGAAAAGUGAACAAUCACAUCCUGAGAUGGCAUCAGCAAAGAAAGAAACUAAAACAAUAAUAAAAUAUUUAAGUUUAGUAACUUUAACAUUACAGAAUGCAAUUCUAGGUUUGAGCAUGAGAUAUGCCAGAACAAGGUCAGGAGAUAUGUUUAUGUCUUCCACAGCUGUAGUAAUGGCAGAAUUUGUUAAAUUAUUUUCAUGUAUUGGUCUUGUCUACAAAGAAGAAGGUUCAUGGAAGAAGUGUGCCAAAGCAUUACACAGUACCAUUAUACAGCAACCAUUUGACACCUUGAAAGUUUCAAUUCCUUCUCUUGUAUACAUUGUUCAAAACAAUUUGUUGUAUGUAUCAGCUUCACAUUUGGAUGCUGCCACUUAUCAAGUGACAUAUCAACUAAAAAUUCUUACCACAGCAAUGUUUACAUUUUUAAUUUUGAAACGCAGCUUACUGUUUAAUCAGUGGGUAGCAUUGAUUAUUUUACUUAUUGGUGUUGUUCUUGUGCAACUUGCUCAAACAGAUGAUGGCCCAGUAAAUGGUAUAAAACAAAAUAGGCUUAUUGGGUUUGGAGCUGCAUUAUCUGCAUGUAUUCUGUCUGGAUUUGCAGGGAUAUAUUUUGAGAAAAUUUUAAAAGGAUCUGAUAUAUCGGUUUGGAUGCGCAAUGUGCAACUUAGUUUUCUUUCUUUACCAUUUGGACUUUUUACAUGCCUUUUAUACGAUUGGAACAAAAUUUGGUAUGACGGAUUCUUUUUUGGAUACAACUAUUUUGUGUGGUAUUUAGUAGUUUUACAAGCCGGUGGAGGAUUAAUUGUUGCAGUAGUUGUUAAAUAUGCUGAUAACAUACUAAAAGGGUUUGCAACAUCUUUAGCCAUAGUAAUAUCUUGUGUGGUUUCAGUAUAUUUAUUUAAUUUCAAUCUCACAUCCCAAUUUGUUUCUGGUGCUUUAUUAGUAAUAUGUUCCAUAUUUAUGUAUAAUUACAGACCGAAAACCAGUGAUUCACAAACCAGCAUUAACCAUAAUAUUAAAGUCUGA